AUGUCACGACGUGGACGAGGACGAGGACGAGCUAGCAGUACCAACCCCGACUUCCUCUGGGUCAACCGGACACCAGAUUCGGAGAGACUGUCGGCAACUCGACAGGAACGGGAUGAGCUUCGAACGAUUACUAGCCACGCCCGACAAUGGCGCGCCGCCUUACGACGCCAGCAACGACUCUACAGCGCUCAAACACAAGCAACGCACGCACAAAGCAUUGUGGGGUGGGGGAGGCAGGGCACCGUGUCCGAGACGAGUUCCGCCGAGACCUCGGCCGCUCCAUCACCAGCAGCCAUGACGCAGAUCAGCGGCAACAGCACAGACCCCUUCAGCUACCUCGAGGCGCCGGACGAUGCUUGGUGGUCGCACAAUGCCUUCCAAUUCGCGGUGGAGAGCUGGCUCCCGUCUGUCUUCCGAGACUUGGAAGUGCUGGACGAAGCAAUGCCUGGAUCGGAUUCCUGCCUUGCAACGAUCGACCGCAUCGUGCGAGGCUGUCUGGAGAACAGGAUGCAUAUGUUCUCUCUCCUUGCCGCGAGUAGUGGGUUUAUGAAGUACAUUCUGAGACUACAACUUGACCGGCACGACACGCCCGAAUUCUGCAUGGGCAAGGCUCUGCAACACCUACGGCACCAUCUGGCGGGGAGCAAUCUCCUGCCGAACGAGAGUCUCAUAUUUGAUCUAAAGGCACUGUCGACCUUUGAACGAUAUGUCAACAACUUUGAAGGAGCCCGAACGCACUUACGGAUGGUUCAGCACCUUGUUCAGUCACUCGGUGGGCUGGAGGCGAUGGAACCACCGAUGCGACUGCUAUGUUGGCUAUGGGAUCUGCUAGUUGCGGGUGGUGCUGAAGAAACUCCGCUGCUGGCACUCACGUGGGAUCCAGGUUCAUUUCCACAAGAACGCAUAGAGAACGAGAUACUUCCAGACCUGGCGCAAAGUGGAAUCAUGCCAAGUGGCUCUGGGCUGCUUGAGUACGGGCCGCUCGUGCAUCAAGAAUUAACCCCAAUCAUCGGCGACACCGUUCAAUGGUUCCAGGUCCAGCAGUACAACUACAUCCACAACUUUACCAGAUCCUCCGCCGAACAAUGGGCCACAGAACGAUCAUACGCCCUUGUCCAUCGCUUGCUUUCAAUCACACCAAGUCCGCCGAGCGAUCUACCUCAAGGCAUGCUUUCCGAAUGCAUCAGGCAGAUUAUUCUGAACGUGAUCGCCGACAUGGAGACUGCACGAAGGUCUCGAGCCGUUACAAGCUCACUCAGAGAUCCCACGACUUCCUCGUGGUCAGACGUCAAUCGCCUAUACCACUCUCUCAAGAUGAUGAUCCAGUCGGGAGAAGACUGGAAGACUCAACACCGAGAACUGGUCCUCUGGAUGGCCUGUCUCGGAGUACAGCAGACAGUGUCAGCGACGAGAACACCACCGACGCAGUCGCUACCGCCCGGUGGGGAAGAAGAUGACCAUCACGCCUGGUUUGUUGCGUUAGCGAGGCAGAUCCUUGACAGUCAGAGGCGAGACGGACCGCCUGCCCAAUACGGCCCAGCGGAUGAGCUGGUGCAGGUCAUGAGCCGCUAUAUCCAUCGCUGUGAACCUUCCGGGAGGCCGAGCGUCGACGGACUCGAAGGGGUGUUCGAGACAUGA